AUGUGGGAUGUGGGAUGGUGGUGGGUCUUUGCAGAUAGCCUGCAUCAUGUGCCCAUCUUCUUUGCGCACAAGAAGACCCAGGUGUGGGUGCUCACCGUGACGCCCGAAACUUGUACUCUGCCUGAAGACCUGGCUGUGACAGCAACAGAGGACCUCCCGGUGCUUCCCUAUGAUGUGCGCGGCUGGCCGAACUUCGAGCGAAACGUGGCCGAGUUGCUGGCCUGUGAGGGCGGUGCCGGCCAGUCCAUCCUGCUCAUCGACGAGGAAGCGCUGGAGCAGCUGCUGCGGCCGGAGAAGAUGGCUUGGCCUGAAGUCCUGGAUGCGUUCAAAGCCAACCAGGAGCCUCCGAAAGUGCCAAAUGUGUUCUGCGAUCUGCUGGCGACGAAGACGUUCAGCGUGCCGGGCGACCUGAAGAUGCUUCAGGACGCCUACACCGUGGUCUAUGAAGAGACCAUGCACACCAUGAGGAACCUAGUCUACUGCGACCUCGGCUGGGGAGACGCAGCUGCUGCCGACUUGUCCCUGGCCGUGCAGGCCUGCCACUUGCUGGUGAACAUUGAGCUGGAAGGAAACGGCGUCGCGGAUGAAGGCUGCCGAGUUCUCUUUGAAGCCUUUGCUGCUUGCGGCUCUUUGGCGCAGAUCACGCUGCGCUCGAACCGCGUGGGCGACGUCGGCGCCAAGCACAUCGCCGCACAGCUUCCUCGCUGCGGGAGCCUGGAGGAGCUGGACCUCAGCUUCAACAAAAUUGCGAACGCAGGAGCUGAGGAUUUCAUCCACAUGUUGGAAGGUGGCGUGCACCCGUCCUUAAAGGAGGUGCGCCUCAACAACAACCUCGUAGGAUCAUCAUUCCGGAUACGGCUCGCCAGCGUCGCGCUGGAGACACACGGAAGCGACUUCAUUCUGCGAGUGUAG